AUGCAAGGCAUAAGCACAUAAUGUAUUUUUUUGAUAAAAUUUCCAGUAUAUAUGCAUCAUAUUAAACAACUAUCAUAAAUUUCUCUUUUAUUUUCUGUCAGCAUCAAAUUUUUGAAAGUAGUAGUUUAUACUUCUACGAAUACAUAUAGAAUGCUGGAUAUAAUAAUUUAUUUGAGAUCUGAGAGUUUUGAGUUCUACAAUGAAAGCCAGGAGAUGCAGAAUAUUAAAAUCCAUUAAUUUCAAGAGUUUCAAUAAAUUGAAUUCAGGUAUGCAUCACGAGUAAUCGUUGCUAGCAUAGUAGUAUAGGAGUAAUAUAAGUACAAGAUUUUUCAGGAUAAAAGAAACAGUUACUAUGUUCAACAUCAUAGCCAUCAAGACGUUAUGAAUUUACACCCUAUUUUAAAUCUCCAUUUUAAAUGUGAUAAAAGACCUAAAUUUCCUGCUUGUAAAAACUAGCUGUUCAGGUAAGAAAAGAAAUCAAAUAUCUAGAAAUACAGCCUAACUAUUAUUGCACAAUUUGUAGCUAAACAAUUACAUUUUACCACAAAGACAAUUCUAUUGCUGUUAAACUAAUUUCAGCAGGAAACAUAGCUAACAACACAAUUAUACAUAGAGAUAACCAUUUCAUCGAUAUCAAGUCAUGAAUAUGAUCUUUGCAGCUAGUAGGUUAUCUUUGUAAUUCUGUAGGACAAUAUCAAUAAAUUAAACUUUAAAUUGAAUACAAUGCAAACACGUGUAACCAAAUAAUUGCAAUAAACUAUAAAUGGUUUGCUGCUGUCUAAACUGUCAUCAUCUUAAUCUAGUAAUGUAAAGAAUUUGGACAAAAUUAUUCACGCAAGACAAAUGACUGCUAGAUCCCAGAACUGCUCCAUAGUUUUAAGAAAUGAGAUAUGGCAGAUAGUUUAACACUUUGUAAUAGGGAAGUCUCAAAACGCUGUCCAGGAAUAUUUAUAAAAUUGCUAAAUCAGACGGUCAAAUAUUAACAAACUUUAGCACAGAAUUGUGCAACAUAGAAAUGAUAUAGGAAUGCUUGAAUCAUAUAUAUUUUCAUCAGUAGUACAAUGA